UUGCAGUUAUCAAAGCCGCACCUCAACACUAAACAAAAACAAUUUAGUGUUUUGUAUACUGUGAGAAAUGUUUCAACGUCUGCAAUAUGGCAGCUGCUAAGCAAGCUAGCUACAUUGAUAGCUAUCGCCACCUCGACGGCUUGCUGGAGAAUGUUUACAAGGACUCGAGUUUAAACAAACAACACGAAACAAUAAUGUUAGUGCCUGGAGCAAAAUAAGUAGGCUAUAUCGUUAUUUGUUGAAAUAACUAUUUCUUUGCAACACGCUUCCUUUUUCUCCAGUGUUUCCGUUCUCAACCACCCUCAACGUCCCUGUGCGUGCGUAAAAGAAACGACGUGGUAUUCCUACGCAAAGGGCUUGUGCUGUGUGUGUGGGGGAGAAGAGAAACGAAAAACAAAACAAAACGAAACAACCUCGUUGACACCAAAAAACCGAUGAGAAUGUACGAUUGAUAUUUCUAGUUUAUAAAUAUUUUGCAUUAUUGGUGAACUGUCCGGUCUGUGCGUCUAAAGCCCGUCGGCUUCGUGGGGACUAUAUACUGAAACGCGGAAGAGAAAAACACGACCGGGUCUGCUUGCUCACCCUGCCUGUGUGUUGGCUGAAUGGAGGAGGAGAGACUCUUCCUGGUGAAUAAACAGUGACAGCUAUAGGGCACACACUAAUACCCAUUUCACAGCACAGGCACACACCUUAUCCUUUACAAUAAACACAAAAAAUGGCUUCUGACAGUAAACACGUCGCGCAGUUGAAAUCUGAGCUGUACUUCCUAAUAGCCCGAUUUUUGGAAGCUGGACCUUGCCAAAACGCAGCAGAGACCCUGAUUAAAGAAGCGCAGGAGAAGGAGCUGCUGCCGAAAAGAACAGACUGGACGGGAAAAGAACACCCCGGGACUUACGAAAAUUUGGUGAAGCUGUACCGCCACAUCGGCCCGGACCACCUGCUGCGGAUAUGCCAGUGCAUCGGCCCGCUGCUGGAGAAGGAGAUGCCCGCCAGCGUCCCGGGGGUGCAGUCCCUGCUCGGAGCCGGGCGCCAGUCUCUGCUCCGCACGCACAAGAGCUGCAAGCAUGUGGUGUGGAAGGGGUCGGCCUUGGCCGCACUGCAUUGUGGGAGGCCCCCAGAGCCCCCCAUAAUUUACGGAAGCCCCCCUAAUAUCGUGGAGACGGCGCACUGCCGGCGGCUGAACGGGACGUACCGCCAGCGCCAGCUGGUGCCCACGGCGGUCUACCAGCACAUGAAGAUGCACAAGCGCAUCCUGGGGCACCUGUCCUCCGUGUACUGCGUCACCUUCGACCGCACCGGCCGACGCAUCUUCACGGGCUCCGACGACUGCCUGGUGAAGAUCUGGGCGACGGAUGACGGGCGGCUGCUGGCCACCCUCCGCGGCCACGCGGCGGAGAUCUCCGACAUGGCCGUCAACUACGAGAACACCAUGAUCGCCGCCGGCAGCUGCGACAAGAUGAUCCGCGUCUGGUGCCUGCAGACCUGCGCCCCGCUGGCCGUGCUGGAGGGCCACGGGGCCUCCAUCACCUCCCUGCAGUUCUCCCCGCUGUGCUGCGGCACCAGGAGGUACCUGUCCUCCACGGGGGCCGACGGCUCCAUUUGCUUCUGGCAAUGGGACGCCAGGACGCUCAAAUUCAGCAGUCAGAGACCCAGCAAGUUCACGGAGCGUCCGAGGCCCGGGGUCCAGAUGAUCUGCUCCUCCUUCAGUGCCGGUGGCAUGUUCCUGGCGACGGGCAGCACGGACCACAUCAUCCGGGUGUACUACUUCGGGUCCGGGCAUCCCGAGAAGAUCUCGGAGCUGGAGUCUCAUACUGAUAAAGUGGACAGCAUACAGUUCUCAAACUGCGGCGAAAGGUUUGUUAGCGGAAGCCGCGACGGGACGGCGCGGAUCUGGCAGCUCCAGCAGCAGGAGUGGAAGAGCAUUCUGCUGGACAUGGCGACCAAGCUGCCUGGCAGGAAUAACCCGCCGCCGCUGGAGGACAAGGUGACCAAACUGAAGGUCACCAUGGUAGCCUGGGAUCGCCACGACAACACGGUGAUCACAGCGGCGAACAACAUGACGCUGAAGGUGUGGAACUCGUACAGCGGGAACCUCGUCCACGUGCUGAUGGGACACGAGGACGAGGUGUUCGUGCUGGAGCCCCAUCCCUUCGACCCCAGGGUGCUGUUCUCCGCCGGCCACGACGGCAACGCCAUCGUGUGGGACCUGGCCCGAGGCGUCAAAAUCCGCUCCUACUUCAACAUGAUCGAAGGCCAGGGCCACGGGGCCGUGUUCGACUGUAAGUGCUCCCCGGACGGCCAGCACUUCGCCUGCACGGACUCCCACGGCCACCUCCUCAUCUUCGGCUUCGGGUCCAGCAGCAAGUACGACAAGAUCGCGGAUCAGAUGUUCUUCCACACGGACUACCGGCCGCUGAUCCGCGACGCCAACAACUACGUCCUGGACGAGCAGACGCAGCAGGCCCCCCACCUCAUGCCCCCGCCCUUCCUGGUGGACGUGGACGGGAACCCGCACCCGUCCCGCUUCCAGAGGCUGGUCCCGGGCCGGGAGAACUGCAGGGCGGAGCAGCUGAUCCCCCAGAUGGGCGUCACUUCCUCAGGGUUAAACCAGGUGCUGAGCCAGCCUGUGGGGGACGGCUCCAGCCCGCUCGACAGCAUCAUCCAGCGCCUGCAGCAGGAGCAGGACCAGAGGCUGUCCGUCGACACGGCCCCCUCAACCCGGGCCGGAAGAGGUUCGGUGGGCUCCCCCACGGAGGUGCACUCCCCGCCCAACGUGGGCCUGCGGCGGAGCGGGCAGAUUGAGGGGGUGCGGCAGAUGCACAGCAACGCCCCCCGCAGCGAGAUCGCCACCGAGCGCGACCUGGUGGCCUGGAGCCGCCGCGUGCUGGUGCCCGAGCUGCCGCCGGGCAUCGCCAGUAAGCAGGAGCAAUGGCGGACAGCCAGAGGAGAGGAGGAGAUCGCCACCUACAGGUCGGAGAAGAGGCGGCGGGCGGUGCCAAGUCACAUUCACAGGGAGCCCAAGCACCACGCCCCAGAGCCUGCGGGGGAAGAGCCCAGGAGGUCCCAGGGAAACCAGCACAGCUACCACACCAGGGCGGCCGUGGAGGAGACCAGCCGGCAGAACGAGGUCGCCGAGGAGGACAACAGCUCCUCCGAGGGUGAAGCGGAGGUGCGACCCCAGAGCGGAGACACCUCCGAGGAGGAGAAGGAGGAGGAGAAGGAGCCGUGGCCAGACGACAACAGCAGCUCCAGCGACUACUCCAGCGAGUACUCGGACUGGACGGCCGACGCCGGCAUCAACCUGGAGCCGCCGAAGAAGACGAAGGUGCGGCACAAGAAGAAGGCGGCCAGCAGCUCCGAGGAGGACGGGGAGAAGAAGAAGGACAAGGAGAGCAAGAAGGACCGGAAGAAGGAGAAACGAGACAAAGACGGCGCGCUACCAAAGAAGAAGAAGCCAAAGGAGAGGCGGCUGAAGAGGUUACCGGUGGAGCAGGGUCUGACUCUGGAGGAGUGGCUUCCCUCGGCCUGGAUCACUGACACAGUGCCCCGGAGAUGCCCCUUCAUCCCACAGAUGGGCGAUGAGGUCUACUACUUCCGCCAGGGCCACGAGGCCUACGUGGAGAUGGCCAGGAAAAACAAGAUCUUCAGCAUAAACCCCAAAAAGCAGCCCUGGCACAAAAUGGAGCUGAGGGAGCAGGAGCUGAUGAAGAUCGUGGGGAUUAAGUACGAGGUGGGCCUGCCCACGCUCUGCUGCCUGAAGCUGGCCUUCCUGGACCCGGACACCGGCAAGCUCACCGGCGGCUCCUUCUCCAUGAAGUACCACGAUAUGCCCGACGUGAUCGACUUCCUGGUUCUUCGGCAGCAGUUUGACGACGCGCGCGACCGGCAGUGGAGAAUAGGAGACCGUUUCCGGUCAGUCAUCGACGACGCCUGGUGGUUCGGCACGAUCGAAAGCCAGGAGCCCUUCCAGACUCAGUACCCGGACAGUCUGUUCCAGUGCUACAACGUCUGUUGGGAUAACGGAGACACGGAAAAGAUGAGCCCCUGGGACAUGGAAGUUAUUCCUGGAGACGGCCGCGCUGACCCGCUGUCUGUCCCGCCCCCAGCGCUGUUCCCGGACGAGCUGGGGCUCAGCGUGCCCCUGUCCGAGGAGGAGCACCGGGAGCUCCUCUACGUGCCCCUGGAGGGGGAGUGGGGCUCCCGAAACCGUAACGCCGAGUGCGAGCGCAUCAUCGCCGGGAUCGACCAGCUGAUCACGCUCGAUAUCGCGGCCCCGUUCGCCGUGCCUGUGGACCUCCAGGCGUACCCGACGUACUGCACUGUAGUGGCCUAUCUCACCGACCUCAGCACCAUCAGAGAGAGGCUGAGGAACCGCUUUUACAGGCGGAUGUCAUCGUUGAUGUGGGAGGUCCGCUACAUAGAACACAACGCACAGACCUUCAACGAACCCGGGACACCCAUCGUCAAAACAGCCAAAUUUGUGUCAGAUCUAAUGCUGCAGUUUAUCAAGGACCAAAGUUGCACCGAUAUAAUUCCUCUGUACAACAGCAUGAAGAAGGCAGCUUUCUCUGAUACAGAGGAGGAGGAAGAGGAAGAUGAGGCACCGGGAACCUCCACACGGAAGAAGAAGGAGCAGAAGCCCAUGCUGAGGAAGCUGAGGAAUAAGACGCAGGCGUUCAGUGUGAGGGCCUGGAGGACGCGCUGUAAGGAGCUGCUGGACCUCAUCUUCCAGUGCGAGGACUCCGAGCCCUUCCGCCAGCCCGUGGACCUGCGGGAGUACCCGGACUACCGAGACAUCGUCGACACCCCGAUGGAUUUCGGGACGGUCCUGAAGACGCUGCUGGCAGGGAACUACGAGUCGCCCAUCGAGCUGUGCAAGGACGUCCGGCUCAUAUUCAGCAACUCCAAGGCCUACACCCCGAGCAAGAAGUCGCGGAUCUACAGCAUGAGCCUGCGGCUGUCCGCCCUGUUCGAGGAGCACGUCACCGCCAUCCUGUCGGACUACAAGUCGGCGCACCGCUUCCAGGCGGCCAACAAGCUCCCCAGCCUGCGGAACAAACGAGCGCGCAGCCCGUCCCCUGCUAGCAGCACCGCGUCCAGCCCCGAGCGGAAACGAAGGGUCACCAGGGCCCCCCCGAAGCCCGAACCGGCGGCCUCGUCCCUCUCCACGGGCCCCUCGCGGCCCCAGGCCCUGCGGCAGAACCUGCCGCUGGUCAACGGGAGGGCGGAGUCGCAGGCGCCCGUCCGAACCCGUAGCUCCGCCCGCUUCGGCAACCACUGCCCCGCCGAGCCGCCCGCCGCCUCCGCCGCGCCCCCCGUCCCCGCCCACGGCAAGACAGCGACAGAAACGCCCAAAUACCUCAGAGCCCACAACUCGAUAUCGUCGCCGAGCGUCUCCAACGACGCGGACGGCGCCAGGGGCUCCUCGACCGCCGACAUCGCCAGGGCGACGCGGCGGAAACUGAGAACGCCGGUCCGGCACCAGCCAGCGACGGCUCAGAGCAGCAUGCAGCUCAACGGCCACAGCAGUCACGUGACCCUGGGCGUGGGCCGGAGGGGGCGGAGACCGAAGGUGGAGCCGGCGGUGACCGCGGAGCGCCCCGCCCACCGGACGGCCGCGCUGGCCCCGCCCAAAGCUCCGCCCAAAGCCCCGCCCCCGCCCCCGGAGCCCCCCGCCAAGCCGCCGGGCAAGAAGAGGGGACGCAAGAGCAAGAAGGAGCUGGAGGCGCUCAGGGGGAGGCAGCGCUGGAACGCGAGGGCCGAGGAGGAGCGGGAGGAGGCCGAGGAGGAGGAGGAGGAGGAGGAGGAGGAGAGAGAACAGUCCGCCAGCGACGAGGCCGGGACCUCCUCCGGCCUGGAGGCGGGGCCGUCCGACCAGGGGGCGGGGCCAGGCUCGGGCACGGGCCGGCGGGGCCGACCGCGCCGCGGCAGGAAGCCCAAGAUCCCGAAGGAGGCGGAGGAGGCUCCGCCCAUCCCCGCGCCUAGCCCCGCCCACAGCCCCGCCCCCGCCAGCCCCAAGGUGCUGAGGAGGAGCACCAGGCGGCAGAACGAGGAGCACCCGCCUCCCCCGGUCGCCUCCUCCUCCUCCUCCGGCGAGAGGGAGGCGCACCAGCAGCGCCCCCCGCAGGAGGAGGCCCGGCCGGCGGACCGGGACGAGGACGAGGAGGACGACGGCGGCGUCUCCAAAUGCCUGAUGAAGACCCGAAACCAAGGCCGCAGGACGGCCUUCUACAACGAGGACGACUCGGAGGAGGAGCAGAGGCAGCUGCUCUUCGAGGACGCCUCCAUCACCUUCGGGACGUCCAGCAAGGGCCGCGUGCGCAAGCUGACGGAGAAGGCCAAGGCCAACCUGAUUGGCUGGUGAGAAACACGGACGGACGGACGGACGGACAGACGGACGGACGCGCGGAAGCGCUCAUCCCGCUUUACGGAUCCGCCAGGUGAAGCUCCUCCCGCCAUCGUCCUCUGAGGACACCGCGAAUCUUUGCUGCUAACUUUGUACAUUCAGUGGUGAACCUACCUGCUUCGGGACCAACCAAAACACGGGGAGAGAGGGGGAGUGGCGGCCCCCCUUUUGUUUUUUUACGCCCCACACUUUUCCUAACGUACGUAACAUUUAGGAAACGUUUAACGUGACGUUUCCUAACGUCUCUUACAGCGGUGGUUAUAAUGAACUUGACUCAGCCUUUUCAACGCAAUAUUGAAGUUGGUGUAGAAAUUCCGUGGGUCUUACUGCUCUCGCUCCGGCCGAACGUGGGGGGGAGAUGGGAAGGUUUGGUCCUCCGUCACUCCAGCGUCUGUGGCAAAAUGAUUUCAAAUGUGAAAUAAAGUCUUCGGAAAACGGAAGAAAGAGAGAAUAAAACAGUUACGGGGGCGGGCUUUUGAAUGAAGUAUUUUAUCCAGGAAAGUCUCUCGGAAACGUCAUGCUCCGCAGCCAAGGAAACGGGAGACCUGGUUCACGGAUCGAUUCACUAACGAAGAAAUGGUUGUUCCUCUCCUGUGUCCAUCUGCAAAGAAAAAAAAUGUGUCUUAUCCUUUCCAGACCACUAGAGGGCAGUGUCGGAAAUGGCUUUACUUUACCGGGGUUUAAUGGGAACUACCUCUUCUGACCCCGCUCGUUUCCUAUUUUUGGACCCGGGUUGGACUGGAAAGUGCAUCUUUGUGCCGAUCGAGCUUUUUGUACUACCCACGUUUUGUACAGUUUCUACUUGACAACAGGAUCUAGUGCUUCAAAAAACCUGAAGAUGUUGCAAUGACACCCCCCCCCCUCCCCCCCACCCCCCUCCCCCCCUCCACCACUCCAUUCACCCUGAGUGAGGGGGACUUAACAAUGCCGAAUGGUGAGAUUCACAUCUGUGCAGAGGACUGGUAACUUGACGGGAAUGUGUUUUUAAUUCUUUAUUUCUGUUUUAAUUUUUAAAAUUUUUAUUUUAUUUUCAGUUGGUAGCCCACGGUAACAACCCAGUCAAGGCCUGGUCACAUGACUUCAUUGUGUACAUAUGCAUGCAGCCCCAUUUACUCUCCCCGUUGCUCUGUAUUUACAGUCAGUCAACACAAAUACAUACGUUUUAUAAUAAAAAAAUAAAUUCUAAAAAAUAUUAAACCAUCACUAUAUGUACAGGUUUUGUGAGGCUGAAGACAAUUUGAGUGUGCACUGGCGGCUAGUCAUAUUACCGAAGUACUUAUAUUAUAAGUCUUAUAUUUUAGUUUUAUCCAUAACGGUAGAAUUCUUCAGUCUCCAUAAAAAGGUAAAAUCAUUUAUUUCAGUCUCGCUUAGUCUGGGAGAAAAUACAAAAAAAAAGUUUUACUGUGUCCUUAAAAUUAGCAAUAAAUCGUGCCUUGGUAUAUUUUAACAUGGUGAUUAGGGUCGUUGCGUUAAUGACGCGUUUAAUUUUAGUUUGGAGGAUCUGUGAUGGGACGGACAUGCGCUUCUCUCUCAUUGGCUGAGGCUGCUGAGCCAUGCCCUUCUGUUCCGUCUGCAUUAUUGAGUUAUUAUCAGCGCUCAAACUUGGGCUUUAAUUAUUAUAGAGGCACCAUUCAUUACAUAAGUCAUCCACAGCCAGAGCGAAUACUUAUUAGCUGAAGGUUAAAUGUGAUUUAUGUCCAGCAGGACAUAGAACAGGCAACACAAAAAUCACAAUAACUCUUUUUUUUUUACGCUCGUUACUUCACCACAGGUGAAUCAUAGCUUCAGUACGCAUAAACGCAUAAAACACUGUACGUACACAAUAUGAGAGUGUAUCUGGGCAUCGAGAUCUGCUCUGAUUCACUGCCUUGUGCUGGAGGGUUUUUCUUUGAGAUAACGAGAGAGAGAAACUGACCUUUUUUUAAAAACGUUUUUGGCUCGUUUUAAAAUGCGCCCCGUGGUCUUGUUUUGACUCAGACUGGUUCCAGUGCCGUGUGCGUUUCACUUCAUCCUCGUCCCUGUCAUUGAAACGGGUUUCAAGGUCAGGGCGGAUUUCGGUCCGAGUCUUUUGUAAGGAGGAGGGGGGAAGAGUUGAGUUGGUGUUCCUUAUUAUCGAAAACCGCUUCCAGAUGUGGUCAUGGUUAUCAGUCACUUGAAUGUUGAGUCUCCUGGUCAGUUUGAAUGGAUGUCCUUGAAGCUCUGUACCUUUUUUUUUUUUUUUUUUUGGGACCUUGAUUUACCGAAAAUGCUAUUGAAUAAUUGUUUAUGUUUUUGUGUCGUAAGCAUUUCUCACAAAAACGAGUUUCACCGGCACUUUUCUGGGAAGCUGAGAUGACUCAGGAAGAGUCGCUAUUUUUGUGAGUCACUUCUGGGUGAAGCCAUCCUCCUGUUCCCAAAGAGGAAAGUGAAAGAAGUCUUUUGCGUUUGUAAUCCGGCACCUAUGUGUUCUUCUCAGCGUAAAGUGUGCUAUUUCUUCAAUAAAAAGGGGGAGGAAGGACAGAUCUUAGUGCAGAGUCCUCACCACUGCAUGGUCUGCAGUACACACUAAUACACAAUGAGCAAUGAUCAUCCCAGACCUUUAAGAUACUGCAGUUCCUUCUUGAGUUUAAGAUUCACAAGAAGCCGUUUGUGUCUCUGUGUGUUUGAUUAUUAUUUUCAAAAUGAUCAGAGCUAUCAUCAAAUUUUGACAGAUUAGACAAUAGUGCUGUCUUGUGUACUGUGUAGAAUCAGUGUACCGUAUUAUCAUAAACAUGCUGAUUGGGGAACUUGUUUGAUAAAUAUCACACAAUUUAAAAAGGAUAAUAUAUCGUAGGUGUUUGAAAAAAUCUCCAAAAAGGCAAAUUUUCAGGAAGUGAAAAAAAAAACUGUUUUGAAUAAACUUUAUUGGUGCCAGAGCCGUGCAACGUUGACAGUCCACAAAGGGUGAUGUAAGCCUUCAUCUUAUGUAACAAACUGAAAAACAGAGAGUUAAGUUUUUUUUUUGUAUGAUGCCAGCCAUAUUCAGAAUUCAUAAAGAAAGGAUAAAAUGCUGGCCACCGGGCGGCCUUGUUGCCAUGGUUUCGUGGAUCCGGCAUUCUGUGGCCUUGCGGUGGCAGUUGCUCGUCGCUUCGAGACGAACGCUGUCCCUCUAUUCAACAUUCAGAUGUGGCGGGAAGUUUGCGUGGGUCUCCCAAAAAAAAAAACCGUUCCGCAAAAAUUCCUUGGCUUUGGAAAACCUCCCUGUGGUUUAACCCUGCGUUCGGUCUGUCAGCACCCCAAAAGUCUCCCUCCUCUCCCCUCCUCUCCCCUCCUCCCUCUGGGUUAGGAAGAGGAACCCGCGGAGGUGACCCAGCGCUGCAGACGUACCCGCCGGCCGUUUCAUUUUUAUUUUAUUUCUUUUUUUGGCGUGCAUUAUUGUCAUGCCCCCCCCACCACCACCACCCUGGCGGGCUUGGCGCUUAAAAGGACAGGUUCCUUUUCUCCCCCUGUCCCGCUGUCCCGCUGUCCCGCUGACCCCCCCUAAAGCGGCGGUGUCGUGCUGGUCACGACGACGGGGAGAUAAAUUGAAAUGACAUCAUCAUUCCGAUAUCCAAGCACGGGCGCAACAAGAGCGUUCACGGAUGAAAAAACUGGGGGAUUAUCCCCCCCCCCCCCCCUCAGACCAGGCGACUCCCCCUCCCCCCCCCCCCCAUUGUUUGCUGGGACUGAAAAGCAGAGUCCCGAGACGUUUGCCCAUAAAGGGGCGCGUUUCUUUGUGCUCGGGGGAAUUUAAAUUCAUAUCAGGGAACUCAGAAAUCCACAAGGCCGCAGAUCUGAUCUGUUUGAACGCACUUUCCCCCUCCGUCUCUCUCGCUCCCCCAAACCGCUUCUCUCUGAAUCUCUAGCUGUUCCGUCGCUGCGUUAAGAGGUCCUGCGACAAAACACAAUUUAACCAAACCCACAAUUGAAAAGACAAAAAGGAGCUUUUGCAGAAGGCCCCCUGCAGUGUUAGCUGUCUCUCCUUGUCUCGACUGCUUUUAUUUUCAGACUUCCUGUGAAAGCAGGAAGGGGAGAAGUUGAAAUACAGAGCUGCUUCUGUAGCCAUCGCGGGAUGGCUAAACACUAAUUCACAACCCAAGAACUUUACAUCCAUUGUGUGUGUGUGUGUGUGUGUGUGUGUGUGAGAGAGUGAGCGAGUGAGUGGUGCAUCUGACAGAGGGGAAAGUGCGGUCUCUGGAGUUGUGUGAUGUCUCACGGGUUUGUCCAUUUCUUUUUUUUUUUAAACAUAAUUUAUUUUUGGGAGUGAAUUUGACAAGUUUGCCAAAGACUGACUGACUUUCGAAGCAGCUGACCGGAUGGUAUAACCCCAUGUCAUGCCCCCCCCCCAACAUUAUUGUAUGCUGGUAUGAUGUACCCAACCCCCCCUCCUCUGCCCCAGGCUCUCUGCUUAUGUGAUCAUAUCCCACAGACAGACAGAUGUUCAGUUCUUUUUAUGUUUCUUUUUUUUUAUUAUUAAAGAAAUGUAUUAGAAACAUAGGUAAAUGUAUUUCAGAAGCCCAGUAACGUAUACAUGUGUUGAUAUUAUAUAGCCAAGAUACUCUAUUAAAUACCUAAGGUACCACGAAAAGGACUUGUUUUGUGUGCAAAGCUUAAUACGCACUUACAGUAUUUAGUCGUUAAUACAAUGUUUAUCCGAUAGCAAAAAAGAUGUAUGUUAGAUUAUCCUCUGUAUAUUAUUUGUAAAACCUCAUGUUUUAUUUCAUAAUUUUUUUUUGUGUGUAUUUUUUUCUCCUCAAAUGUCAUGGUGGCCACGCAACUUGUUGUACACAGUCAUUUCUCUCUGAGUAUUGCAUGGACUUAAUUCUGCACUUUUUACGGGCAUAUCUAAUGCUGACACAGGAGAAACACCCUGGGGAAAAAAAGAAACAAAAUUCUGUUCAAUGAUUGUGCCUUGUAUUCUUUAGAAUUUUUUUCCUUCAUGUCUUUGAAAAUUUAGGCGGGGUAAGUUUGGGUUGGGGGGUGGGGGUGGGGGGCGGUUUCUAUAGAGGAUUUUUAAAGUUCGAAAAUGCUACAGAGGUUGGAUUUAGAUGGAGAAUUUUCUGUUAGAAGUGCAGUAUGCGUCUUUACCUAACAGCAGACUGUCUGGUUUUAGGGGGGACUCUGUUGUCAUUGAUUGCCAAAAAAAAAAAAAAAACCCACCCUUUUAUUUAACACUGUUCUGCAGUCCUGCUCAUUUUUUUUUUAAACAGAUGUAUCUUGAAUGUCUUAAACAUAAAGUCAUUAUUUGUUCAUUUUUUUUUAAAGCAGGUUCUGGUGGAACCAAACACAUUUUUGGUUGAGACACUGGAAACUGUUAAAGCAAAACUGUUAAAAGUUUUUGAGUUGAGGAAGGGGAGGGCGGUGGAGGGGGGGGGGGGGGGUGUUGGAUGGAAAGCGGUGAUUUAUAUUAUAUAAAGAAAUUAAAUAACAUGUAGAUAGUGCCUGUUACACGUUGUCACUAGUGUUUGUCAUAUCCUGUCAUUUAUGAGAGCAAGUAUAUACCGUAGAUAUAUUGGUGCAUUUAAUUGUGCUGAAAUGGUAUUUGAUACAAUCCUGUGUGUAUACCCUUAUAUGGCUUUCUAUCCCUUUUAAAACAGACAGGCGGCUUGCUAACCCUAUUGUACAUUUAUCUAUGUAAACGUGUUCUGAAUCACAGAAUUGUGCUUGUGACCUGUAAUUAUGGGAUGGCGUCAGGGGGGAGGGGUGGUGGGGGGAGGGGCAGGGGCAGGGGCAGGGGGAGGGGGGGAGAGUGUGAUUCUACCGCAUGCUGACUGAUCUUUCCCACUCCAAGACAUAACCACAGCUUCACGUCCCCGUACCAAAUGAAGUUCACUGAUAGUUUUUCUUACUUGCUGUUUUCGGAAGACUUUGUCCUACUGUGGGAAUUUCGGGUGGGGUGGGCUUUUUAUGUUAGUUUGGAUACUUUUAUAUAUAAAAAAAAAUACUUAAGUACAAAGGCAAAAAAAUCCUCAAAAACCUAGAAUGUAUGUUUAGGGAGUACUGCUGUCAUAUUAGUACAUACUGAUAUUUUUCAGAAAUAAACAGUUGUGUUUC